CAUCACAUUUGAUUUUGCAUCCUGACAUUGUCUAUCCAUUUAUCGUAUUUUUCCUAAUAAUUUAUUCGUAAUCGUGGUAGCUCAUUUAAUAUUAGCUUAGAAGUAUUUAACUUUAAUUCCUCUAAGCAUUUUGUAUAGGUAUAAUGUCGUUUUUAUAUAUUCGAGUAUACCAUGGCCCGCCUGUUACAUUCGGUGCAGUUGGUUUGCAUAAACCACAAUUUUUAAGCGGUUUACGAGAUAGUCUCCGGAAGCUGGGAUAUCGAGUGGAUUUGGUGCCAGUCGAGCACAUUAACUACUGCAUGAUAGAAAUGUGCGGACAUGAAAUAUUCCGAUGCAACAUACAGCAGUUACACUUCAACACGACUUCUGGUCGGGACGUGGUGGCAUCUCGUGCGAUCGACGCCGUCAUGCAGUCCUCCGUCAAGUUCAGACGAGCUCGCGCUUACCUCUGGUUCUGGACGUGGCUGGAGUUCGAACUCUUCAAGAGAGGGAAACACUGCAUGUCUGAUUACUGGGUAAAAAAUAUUAAGAGUAAAUACACACCUUUGGAAGGUACUGAAGAGUGUAUUAAGUGCUGCAAAUUCUUGCUUACAAAGCAAGAUACAAAGUGAUAGGUACUUACGUAAAGGUAAAGUCACGUCUAAGAAAAAUAAUAUUGUUAUUAUGAAAGCAUUGUGGUUGUAUCACUAUGUACCUACUUUAGAAUAUGUUGUGUUAACUUUGGAUUAAUGAUUGUAUUGUAAUUGUUUAAUUGUUAUACUAAGUUUUAAUAGGGAUUGUCUUUAGAUUAUUUUAGUUACAUAUUAAAGAUUUAAUUAAUUAA